CACGUUCACGGCCAAACCUAUCUUCAACUUUCUACCCUAAUUUUCGUGGAUUUUCCAGCUCCUUCUUGAGAAGGUAGAUUAACAGUCACAGAGAACCAGGGGAGAUUCGAAGCAGGGACUUCCAGAUCAUGUCCGGUAUGUACGGCCAAAACGGUGAUUCCGCCGCUCCGCCUUACCAAGGCGGUGGUGGUGGAUACGGCGGCGGAGGAUAUGGAGGUGGAGGUGGAGGUGGAGGAGGCGGAUACGGAGGUCAUGGCGGCGGAGGUCGUGGCGGUAGAGGUGGUGGUGGUGGAGGAGGAUACGGAGCGAAGUCUGAUUUGAUGUGGUCAUUAGGAGGCGGCGGCGGUGGCGGCGGUUAUCCAGGAGGAGGAGAUCGUGGUGGCAGAGGUGGCGCCGGCGGCAGAGGAGGUGGUCGAGGUGGAGGUAGUGGCAGAGAUGGUGAUUGGCUUUGCCCUAAUCCUGGUUGUGGGAACUUGAACUUUGCAAGAAGAACUGAGUGCAAUAAGUGCAACACGCCUUCUCCCGCUGGUGCCAACAAUGAUCGCGGUGGUGGAGGUGGGAAUGGUUAUAACAGAGGGGGUGGGUAUUCUGGUAAUCGAGGGAGUGGCAGAGAUGAUGGCAAUAGAGGUGGAAGUUACAGCAGUGGUGGUAGAAGUGGGGGUUAUGAGAGUAGAAGUGGAGGCGGCAGCGGCAGUAGAGGUGGGUCUUAUGGUGGUAGAGGAGAUGAUGAUGGAUAUAAUCAGGUGCCGCCACCUGCAGCAGCUCCAACUUAUGGUAGUGGUGGAGGUAAUUAUCCUCAACCUCCCAACUCAUAUGGAGGGAAUGCUAAUUAUGGUGGUGCCAAUGCAGUUGCGCCACCUACAAGCUAUACUGGUGGUCCUACAUCAUACCCUCCGUCUUAUGGUGCUCCUCCUGUGGCUGGCUAUGGCGGUGAAGCUACUGGUGAUACAAGAGGCGGUGGUCGUGGUGGCCCUCCAGGUGGGUAUGGUAGCAGUGGUGGAUCAAGGAAUCAAGGAGGAAGUGGUGGUUAUGGUGGUAAUGGUGCUAGUGCUGAUGCAGCUCCAUCAAUUAAGCAAUGUGAUGAGAAUUGUGGCGACAACUGCGACAACUCUAGAAUUUACAUAUCUAAUUUGCCUGCUGAUGUGACGGUUGAAGAAUUGAAAGAGCUGUUCGGUGGAAUUGGACAAGUUGGAAGGAUUAAGCAGAAGAGGGGCUACAAGGAUCAAUGGCCUUGGAACAUAAAGAUAUAUACUGAUGAAAAGGGCACCCAGAAAGGCGAUGCAGUUUUGUCUUAUGAGGAUCCAUCUGCUGCACAUUCUGCUGGUGGCUUCUACAACAAUUACGAGAUGAGAGGUAAAAAAAUUAGUGUUGUCAUGGCAGAGAAGACAGCUUUGAGGCAACCUGAGCACGGUGGAGGCGGAAGAGGUGGUGGUGGAUAUGGUGGGCGGAGGGAUAACUACAGAGACGGUUCUGGGCCCGACAGGCAUCAGCAUGGAGGGAACCGUUCACGCCCGUACUAAGGACUCUGCUCUCUGUUAUGCGGUUAUUUUGUACUCUAGGAAUUGUGUCUGAGGGUGUUUUACUAUGUUCCAUUACCUUGAGGGGUUGUUCUUAACUGGAGGGAGACUAAGAGGUAGGUUGUUCACAGAGCAAUACCCCUUUCUCUCCUUUCCUGUUUACUGUAGACUUGAUCGUUCCCCCCUAUGCACACAAUUGAUUCAGCUUGUGUGAAUUGUCUUUUCUUUAUAGACGCAAGUGGAUAGAAACUCCGAAUUGCUUGCUUGCUGCUUAAGGUAGGUUGGUUGUAUUCAGGUGAGUAAUCAGCUUCUUUUGCCGUCGUGCAUUAGUCCCAAGUUAUAUUGCAUGCCUGAAAAUGGUCCGAGGAUAAUACACUAGCUGGUGUGGGAUUCUUUCCAACAGUCGUGUUUUCGCGCAGGAUAUGGGUGGGUGCUACUAUGUUGUUUGAAACAAACUUUUGUAUGCCUUUGCUCUGAACAAGCAGAUGUGAAGCAGCACGGCAAUUAAUUACAUUGAUGUAUGGGGGCUCUUUUGGUGAUCUUUUCAGAAGAAUUUGACUAUUAGGGUGUGUGUGGAGUAUUACAUGUUUCUUGGAUUCGUAUGAAUGAUCUGCCAUUGCCUCUUGGAUGUGGAAUUGGAUGUGAAGAGUUCGCUGGUGAUCGACGACUCGUUUGUUGGGUUUCUUGAUAUCUCCUGCAAAACGGAUCAAGAGCUAGCUAGCACCUUCCUCUGCAAAGAGUGACAGUAGUCGAAUGCUAGAUGAUUUCUUCAUGGAGCAGCACCUAAAUUCGUGACAACCAGCUAGGUUCUCAGUGUAGGGAUUGGAGCUCUUGAUUGUGAAUUUUGGUACAUCAAUUUUAGUGGGUUUUAACUUUUAAGAACAUGAAUGAGAGAAACUAUAUGAACAUCCGACACUUAUGUAAUGGUCGGAAAUUGAAAGCCGUGUUUCUCCGUGACGCUUGUUCAUCAUUUUUGUUUGUGCUGUGGACAACAUUUUGAUCAGUCAAGGGAUUUUGCUUGGU